UUUCCUUUCCUACCCCCACCUUCGUUCUUCGUGGUGGAGGUGGAGCAAUAAAAGGCGUCCGGCCCUCCCGUCAGUUCCACUCGCCCGGCCGGUCGUCUCGCGUAUAACUGUCAUUCUUCAUUCAUUUUUCACACGCCCUCUUUCACAACUACUACACGACACGAUGGCACCCAAGUACAAGCUCCACUAUUUCAACGUUACUGCCCUGGGCGAGCCUGUUCGAUACCUCCUUGCCUACGGCAAAGCUGAUUGGGAAGAUAUCCGUUAUGAAGCAGAAGACUGGGAGAAGGUUAAAGCGAAAAUGCCCUUUGGACAGAUGCCAGUCUUGGAUGUAGAUGGUAAAUUUCACGCCCAGUCUGUUGCGCUCUCAAGGUACCUUGCGAAGCAGUAUGGUCUAGCUGGUAAGGAUGACCUGGAAAAUCUUCAGAUUGAUAUUGCUGUUGACCUCUUCGGUGAUUUCCGAACAAAGAUUGGUGGCUGGUACUAUGAUGCAUUCCCAGAGAGCAAGGCUGCUAAGGAGGGACCUCUGUUCAAAGAACAGAUUCCAUUCUAUCUGAACAAGUUUGAGGAAAUUGUGAAGGCCAACGGUGGUUAUCUUGUCAAUGGCAAACUCACUUGGGCUGACAUUUACUUUGUGGCUCCCCUGAAUUACUUCAAGGCUCUCACUGGAAAUGAUUUUCUGGUGGGCUACCCUGGUCUUCAAGCACUGGUCAAGACGGUUGAAUCUCAGCCAGAUAUUGCUGCAUACAUUGCCAAGCGUCCUGUCAAUCCUGAAAACAAAUGAACUGUUUUUUUAAGCACUUUUUUUAAAAAAAGAAUUCUGUCCACUCUGCAAUAAAUUUAUUAUUUUUAAUCUG